GGUAAUGGGAUGGCAUUGAAGUUGUACAGUAGAAACAUUUUACUAACGUGUAGCAACUGUUAAAACUUUGACCUGGGACGUUUCAGAAGUUCAAGCUAUUGCUCGUGGGAGUCAGAAGUUUCCAGAUUUCUGCAAAUGGAAUUAGCUGUAUCGGUGACAUAAAUAAUCAGGGGGUACAAAGACAGUGAUUAAUAGCUCUAGGCAAUUAUCCCUGAGUGUGAACUUCUCUUCAGCAGGAGAACAGGUAAAAUCUGCACAAGCAGGUUUCCAGUAGAGUGGGAGUAAAAUUCUUCUGAACAUCACGAGAAAGAUAUUCCAAGGUGUGAGCAGCUGCGUGAGGAUAUUAGCUCCAAAGUAUGUUUACCCUUUCUUUCACUUCCCUUGCAGAGCUGCCUCACAGUGAGCAUUCCUCUUACACACCUUUCUGUGCCACACAGCUUACUGCCCUCAGCCCCCUCACUUGUUUCAGCAGCAGACAUCAACUGCUCAUCUAGGGUCUAACUUCUAGCACAAGUGUACCAAAAAGCAUGGAAGAAAAGAAGAAAGAGGAGAAACCAGAAGAGCAAUUUACAGACCCUGAAUCAGCUGUCCCAGAAUCCUUACUAGAGUUUCAAAUUGAGGCAAAAGAAGAAGCAAUUGAUAAGCUUUUGCUUGCUUUGAAACAACUGGAAGAAAAGAACAAAGAACAUUAUGAAAGAUAUGAGCUGCUGAAGAAGGAAUUGCAGGCACGGAUCAGGCGCUUACUGGAGCAAAUAGAGGAAGAGCAGAAAGAACGAGAUAAGAAAGGGAUUGUAACUAGGGAUGAUGUGGAGAAGUCGCUGAUAGCAACAUGGCAGUAUGUUAAGGACAAAGAACAACUUCUGGAAGAUCUGCACUCCCAAAUUGAAGAAACCAACCAAAAAAUCUCAGUAAAGCAGAGAGAGAAAGAUGAUUGCUUGGAGUACAAAAAUGUAGGAAGUAAAAUAGAAGCUAAGAAGAUUCUGAGUCUGGAAAAAGACAUUAAAGAAGUCAAAGAUGCUUUCCACAGAGCUACAGAAUAUUACAGAAAUGCCUUGAAAGCAAUGGAAGAAGAAAAUGCCAGACUGGUUUUGAAGCACAUGGACUUAGUUAAGGAACAAGCCCCUGAGAAUGCUGUGAGAUACUUAGACAAAGACAGCUGCAGAGAAAUUGAAGAGAAUAGCUGGCUAAAAGAAGAGGUUAAGCUGUAUCAAAAGGAAGUGAGUGAUUUGAAAGCCUCAAUUCAACUCCUGGAAGAAGAAAAUAUCGCUCUAGUGGCAAAACUGGUUGAUAGCAGACUUGAGUAUCUCGGAGUACCCAGGCAUCUUGCAGCUGGCUUGCCAGAUAACUUUCUUAAGGAUGGAAUGAAAGCAGUAGAGUAUAGCGAGUAUGCAGCAGAGGCAGAUGGGGAUGAAAGCCUCGGAAGUGCCACAGACUCCUGUCAGAAAACAAAAGCCUUUCCAAAGAUUCAGUCUACAUCAGACACUGAGGAGCCCCAAGAGAGUGAUGAGGAGAUACGGGAACAGCCACUCACUUCAACCCUCGGUAGCCUCUUUUAUGAAGAUGGAAAAGAUUUCCAGGAACACUUAAAACUGGCUCCUCUGGAGACAACGCUGAUGUGUGUGAUUGGAAAAGCUAUGCCUAUUCAUAAACAAGCAGAAGAAAUGCCAAGCAGAAGGGGCACAGAAGACAGCAUGGCUCAUAAAUCAGACAGGCGCAUCACAGCUCGGAUGAUCAGGGCUUUAUCUAAAGAAAAGGUUGGUUAAGAACAGACAAGCUGUGCUGUUAACCUGGGACUGUAACAUUCUCAGUUCAUUAAAUAUUUGCUCUG